AACUUCUAGAUAUAGAGGAAAAAUAAUUAGAGAAAAAAAUGAUGAAUUCAGAGGAGUUUCAUUAUGUUUGCUGUAAAAAAAGGAAAAAAAAAGAAAAAAAGAACGUAAAAUGUCUUUUUUCUGAAUAUAAAAAACAGACAGAAAAAUUAAUUGAAUCAAGUUUUUAUUGUUUUGCUUCGGGUAUUAUUUUUCUUAAUUUAAUAAUUCUCCUUAUUUAUAUGUGCUGGAUUCUAUUUCUAGAAUAAUAUCUUUAAAACUAGAUAAGAUUUCUCGUUUAGUAAUGUUGGGAUUGGGAAGUUUUCAGAAUAAUUCGCGAAGUUUGACUCAGCUUUGUUUUGGAAUUGAAAUAUCAAAAAAUCUUGGAUUUAAAGGAAAAUUGGAAGCAUAUGAUCCUGUUUUCACCUUUUUAGAUUGCCAGUUUUUAAAAGAACUUAAUAUUGACUUUGAUUUAGAAAAUUCAUCAGAUCUUUAUGAUGCAAAACAGCCUGUUAUAUUUUAUAUGCCGCACUGUCCUAUAUCAAUGUAUGAAACAUUGUUUAAGAAAAACUGGACAUUAAAGAGGCUUUGUAAUAUCUUCUUAAUAGGAAAUUCUUUAAAAACAUAUGAUUUAACUAUGGAACUCGCGAAAAAGAAGAAAUAUCCAUUUGUUUUUAAAGCAUGUUUGAUAUUUGAGUCAAUUUUGUUUUCAAAAGCUUUUGAGCAACCUGAAACAUUUAAUGAUCUUGCCUUUCAAUGGUGUGAAGAAAUUGUUGCUGAAAAAUUCUUAGUUUAAAUAACAAUGAAUAUAAAAUAUAAGAUAUUAAACAAAUUCUAGAGCUGUGCAUACAAAUUAAAUAUUUAAACAACUGA